UUGAUAGAAGUAUCAAUUACAAGAAACAGUAGUGUUUCAGAAAUUCCUGUAGUGGCAGUUGAUCCUGGACUGAAGAUUGUUUCAGGAGUUGAAAAAUUCAAAGGUCGUAUUUUGCAUGCUCACCAGUAUCGUGAUUUUGAAGGAUUCGAAGACAAAAACGUUUUCAUUGUUGGGAUUGGUAAUUCGGCACUUGAUAUCGCUACAGAAUUAUCUGGAGUCGCAAAAUCGGUGACUAUUUCAACUCGACGAGGCACAUGGAUAUUCAAUCGUGUGAAUCAGGGAGGAAUGCCGUACGAUAUAAAAUUUAUGACUCGGCUGUAUAACUACUUGAUGGAUAAAUUGCCGUGGACGAUUGUAAAUGACUUCAUGGAGCAUCGCCUUCAACAACGACUGGAUCAUGAUUUGUAUGGGCUUCGUCCGAACCAUCGCUUCUUUCAGCAGCAUCCCACUCUCAAUGAUGACUUACCUAACCUGCUAUGCUCGGGUCGUGUCGUCGUUACGGAAGACGUGGAAUGUGUGGAUGAGAAUGAAGUGCAAGUAAAAGGCGGUCGUCGGUUCCCAGCUGAUACAAUUAUCUUUGCAACUGGAUAUACGUUUGAAUUUCCAUUCCUACAACCGCAGUCAAUCAUACCAAUUGAGAAUCACGAAGUGGAACUGUAUAAAUACGUCUUCCCAGUGGCCAAUCCAACGCUGGCAGAUCACGAAGUGGAACUGUAUAAAUACGUCUUCCCAGUGGCCAAUCCAACGCUGGCAGUGAUUGGCCUAAUACAGCCCAUCGGAAGCGUGCUGCCAAUAGCUGAAAUGCAGUGUCGCUGGGCAGCUGCCGUGUUCGGUGGUCAAGUUCCACUUCCAUCUCGGCCUGAGAUGAUGGAUGACAUUAUUCGCAAAAGAGCUCAGAUGAGGAAGAGAUAUUUCAAGAGCACGAAGCACACGAUUCAGGUUGAUUACGUGAAAUAUAUGGACGAACUUGGAGAGCAAGUAGGCUGCAGACCCACUCUGAGAAAGUACUUAUUCGCGGAACCAAGGUUUUUUCUCCGAUUAUUUGUUGGAGCGAAUGCACCGUACGUUUAUCGACUGGAGGGUCCCGGAGCGUGGGCCGACGCGAAAAAAACACUGAUCAGUCUUCCAGAGCGAGUAAAGCAACCGCUCAAAAAUCGCCAAUGUCGAGUGAGGCGGCACAAAAAACGUGGAAAAAUCGAUGAGUACUUCCGUUACGUGUCACUGAAAUGGCUUGCUGGAUGGAGCUGCGUGAUACUGGUUACCGGUUUCUGGAUAUUCUGCUCCUGGCCACAAGGUCUAACAGCGUUUGCCUAUACAGCCUAUGUUGUACUUUUCCUCCUCUUCUUUUCUUUUAUGCUAUUGUGGUUCGACUUGCAGUAUGAUAUGACAACGAUUUUUUAAAU